AGAAUUUACCAGGAAGACCAGUAGACGGCAGCGUGUUUCCACUGUAAAAUCGACUUUCCUUUGAUUAAAGAAACCACCACUACCGGCCAAAAGGCGAAGGUUAAAACAGAAGUGUAUUUCGACAAACGGUUUCCUACACCAAUCGUAUUUUCGAGAUUGGAGUUACAAGCUAGUUACUCAGAUUUCAGGGAAAUACUAAUCAAUAAACUCUUAAUUGAUACCAGUUAGAAAUAAUGGCGGAUAAUGAACAGAAAGCAAUGCAGCUUGUUGCUGAUGCUGAGAAGAAACUUAGAUCAGCUCAAGGUUUUCUUGGGCAAUUAUUUGGAGGCUCAUCAAAAGUUGAAGAAGCUUGCGAAUUAUAUACCAGAGCUGCAAAUAUGUUUAAAAUGGCCAAAAAAUGGAGUGCUGCUGGAAGUGCUUUCUGUGAAGCAGCAUCACUACAUCAGAAAAUUGACAGUCGUCACAAUGCAGCAUCAUGUUAUGUGGAUGCAGGCAACUGCUACAAAAAAUCGGAUCCUCUAGAGGCUGUGAACUGUCUUUUGAAAGCUAUUGAAAUAUAUACAGACAUGGGCCGAUUCACAAUUGCAGCUAAACAUCAUGUUACUGUUGCUGAAAUAUUUGAGAAUGAAAUUGCUGACAUUGAAAAGGCAGUUUCACACUAUGAGCAAGCAGCAGACUACUUUAAAGGUGAAGAAUCAAGCAGUUCGGCUAAUAAGUGCUUACUGAACGUUGCUAAGUACGCAGCCCAGUUAGAACAGUAUGACAAAGCUAUAGAGAUUUAUGAACAGGUAGGAACAUCAUCCAUGGAAAGCUCUCUGCUGAAGUACAGUGCCAAGGAUCAUUUCUUCAAGGCAGCCCUGUGUCACAUGUGUGUUGAUGUACUAAAUGCUCAGCAUGCUGUCAACAGGUAUGAAGAGAUGUGUCCAUCUUUCUCAGACUCGAGAGAAUGCAAAUUACUUAAGACCCUCAUUGAGAAGCUUGAGGAGCAAGAUUUAGAUGGUUUCACAGAUGCAGUCAAAGAGUACGACUCCAUUUCAAGAUUGGAUCAGUGGUACACCAACAUGUUGUUGCGUAUCAAGAAAACAGUGCAAGAAAAUCCUGACCUUCGUUAAACAUUUUUUUGUUUGUGAUUUAUUUAGUUGUACAAUAUUACUAUUAUUAUUGCCUGUGUUGUUGCUAUAGAUUUAGAACUUUAAUAUAUAUACAUAUAUGAUCUAAAGUAGCUUUAGUUUGAGAAUGUGAAUUAUAUAUAUGUGGUGUGAACUUAUUCAGAUUUAGUCCUUGCGAUUUACUUCAUUACCUUGUACCAUUCCAAUCAUGUUCAUGUUUGCAUUUGAAAUGUUAUUAUCAAGAAAGAUAAAGAAGUGUUACAGAUAGUACCUAUAACUAUAAUUUCCCCAGUGAUCUCUGUUACACUAUGCUGUAGAUGUUAUUUAUGGGUAGUCUAUGCUUAACCAGUUACAUUUCCUAUAUCAGUCUGAAUUAAAUCUUCCUCUGACAUUUUUGUAUCUGAAUCAGAACAAGUUCAGUAUCGGAACACAGGUUCAAUCAGCAUACUAGUUCAUGGCUGUAAUAAUUGUAUGAUUCGCCUCAUGUUUUUGCGAUAUGAAUGUGAGUAGACUUACUGUGUUAUGUAUUGGAGUUAAUCUUUCUUUGUACAGAUAUACUUGUGCUUAGUUUUGGUAUUAUUCUUUAUAAAAAAUUGUUAAUUUUGGUUUAUCCAGACCUGUAGUUAAUGGAUAUAUUCCUUAUUAGUCCUGAUCAUGUAAUUUUUUAUUACACCUAAUCUCUUCCUUGUAUUACAUUAUAACAUACAUGCACACAUUCUAAACAAGAAUCUGUGGUGUUUUGUGUAUUUUGAACAUUAAUAACAUAAAAACCUC